CCGUGGAAGUCAAUCCUAUCGAUGACCGGCCUUUCAAGUUAAAAUACAAAAAUGAAUGGGAGAGGCUGUUUAAGCGGACACGCUGUCGUUUAUUUCUUCUCUCCGCUUCUCUGCUGCUGCCCCGUCUCUCCGUUUACAAGGUUGGACAAACAAGGCUAUCACGAGCAAUUGGACUUCUGGCCUACAAGUUCAAAUUUUUAGAAAGAAAUGACCUAAUAGCUCAAAUGACUUAUUUCUUAAAAAAGGAGUUGAAGAAACCUACUAAAAUAGCAAAGAUGGAGCGGAGAAAGUCUACACCAGGGAGACCUUCCGGUACAGACGGUUCAGAUUUCUCGUAUCGGAUGGUUGUCGAUUCGCGAUAUCAAAAAGUAGCUCGUACGAAGUCUAUUCUGCAUUCAUUUUUCGUAGUUCAGGCCAUCACACUUUUGGUAGGACUGUGUUUGCUAAUAUUUCAUUCAGUGUCAGAGGAUUUGGCUUACCGUGGGCUUGAAAUUUCAGUUACUGCUUGUGGUCUUGUUUCUUUGAUAAUAGGAGAAUUAGGUCGGAAGCGCAGUCGAGUGAAUGUGUUGAGACUUUUUAUGGCCACUUCAUCUAUUGUUGUCUCAUUCUUGAUAUAUUGCACCCUUAAGAAGUAUUCAACAUUCAGAAUUACCAAUAGCCCAAGUUACUGGGAAACAGUCAUAGAACUUCCUGAAGUGGCCCUUGCUCUAGUGGGACUAGUGUUUCAUGUAUUUAUCAUUGGCUACACAAUUCAUCUCAUUGCCAACAUGUCUCCCCCUAAGAGAGCUUCAUAGCAGUAUGCAUAUAGUCUGGUCGUAAUAUGUAUACAGGCCGAUCAUAAAUUCAUAAAUCAGGAAAGAAAACUUUGCUGUUUUAUUCAUUGUCAUAAACUUCAUAAAUCAGGAAAGAUUGCCAAUUAACUUUUUUUCUUUUGUAGUUUUUAAAUUAGAUCUUUGGAUCUUUUUUUUUUGGGUUAAGCAUGAGAUGGAAAGAUCUAUUGUUGCAUGAGAAUGUUAAUGUUAACCUUGAGAAGAGUGUUUUCUAUC